ACAUUGUGGGGUGUGUUUGAGCAAGAGACACAGAAAAGUUAGUUGCGGAUUUUCUCUGGCGUCUGACCUGCAGCAGCAUCCGUCGAAAGCAUCAUGGCAAACAAAGCACAGCAGCCUCCUCACCUGCACCUGGCCGAGGUCACCGCGUCCCAGUUCAUCGACAUUUGGAAACAUUUCGACGCUGACGGUAAUGGCUACAUCGAGGGGAAGGAGCUGGAAAACUUCUUCAGGGAGUUGGAGACGGCCCGGAGAGGGGCAGGGGUGGACCCUACAAACCCCAUAUUCAGAGAGAAGAUGAAGGAGUUCAUGCAGAAGUUCGACAAGAACAAAGAUGGACGAAUUGAGAUGUCGGAGCUGGCCCAGAUUCUCCCAACUGAAGAGAACUUCCUGCUCUGCUUCAGACAGUUUGUCAGCUCCAGUGCUGAGUUCAUGGCGGCAUGGCGGCGAUAUGAUACAGACCGCAGUGGCUACAUUGAAGCAAAUGAAUUGAAGGGCUUUCUGUCCGACCUGCUGGAGAAGGCUAACAGACACUAUGAUGACCAGAAGCUCCAGGAGUACACACAGACCAUACUCAGGAUGUUUGAUCUGAAUGGAGAUGGCAAGUUGGGCCUGUCAGAGAUGGCAAGGCUCCUCCCUGUUCAGGAGAAUUUCUUGCUCAGCUUCCAGGGUGUCAAGUUGAACACUGAGCAGUUCAAUGCCAUCUUCACAUUCUAUGACAAGGAUGGCAAUGGCUACAUUGAUGAGCAGGAGUUGGAUGCCCUGCUACGAGACCUUUACCAGAAAAACAAGAAGGAUGUGGAUGCUAAGAGCCUGGCGGGCUACAAGCAGAGCAUCAUGAGCCUGUCUGACGGAGGGAAGCUCUACCGUGGCGAGCUGGAAAUUGUCCUCUGCAAGGAGCCCACUGUGUGAUUCUUCCUCCUGUUUUGUUGUGUAUCAUUUUCUCUGCCUGCCCCGCCCUGCUCCCUCGAGACCACUCCCACAUCCAGCUGCCUGGCAACAUAUACCAGGUUCAUAUGCCAGACACCCCCGCCCCUUUCAUCUCCUCAAGCCCCCAAAAGUUACAAAAUCAGAAGGAAUAAGUGCACUGUCAGCACGCUACAGUUCUUUAAACCCUCAUUCUUCUGCCACCUGACCUCCCUGACCAUGAGCUGUCUGAAACUUCUACAAAAGCUUUUCACCUCUCAACUCUCCCCCAUGUCCCUUUCCAUUUCUGACGUCAUGAACAUCCCUGCAAUCUAUGCUGUGCCUGACUUGCAUCUCCUGACCAAAAGCCCAAACCCAUUUUUCCACAGAAAUUACCUUUUGACCUGAACCUUGACCCCGGCUCCAUUCCCUCGCUCUUUAAACUUUGCAUUAGAUACAGUAUAUAGUCAAACAAAACAGCAGAGAGGCUCUGUUUGAAUUCAUCUUAUUUAUAGUCUAUGAUGGAACUGGUAUGGAUUCAUCCUCCUUUGUUUGUCCUGAAGCCCUCUCGUUCCAUUGACAUGAUAUGAUUUUCAUUUUCAAUGUUUGUUUUUGGCUGAUACUGUCAAUUGAAAAUAUUAAUAAAAUGUCUUAAGAUAAAA